UUGGCUCAGAUCCCACACCAGGGCAAGAAAAAACUCGAGCCAAUGGUCACAAUGAGAAACCUCAGAGGUGACCGCAAAUGUACUGGAGUCCGAAUAGAAAACACUCUAUAGCCUGAAGAUUUUUGGGGGGGCUCUGGGAAUCUCUAAUAAGCCGGAGUUCUUAGGAUGCAGAUUUCUUGCCGGGACAUAUGGUACAAUACAAUUAGCAAAUUAGGAUGGAGCUAGACCGUUUAGUGUUUCAUACGUACUUUAAGUAAGUAAAACCUUAAAGUCUCAUCUUAUGUGCACAGGAAGCCUGUGCAGGUGAGCCAUAUAAGCGUAAUAUGAUCAAACUUUCUUGUUCUGGUCAAAAGUCUAGCAGCCGCAUUUUCUACCAACUGUAAUCUUUUAAUGCUAGACAUAGGGAGACCUGGAAAUGAUACGUUACAGUAAUCGAGACGAGACGUAGCGAACGCAUGAAUAAUGAUCUCAGCGUCGCUAGUGGACAAAAUGGAACGAAUGUUUGCGAUAGUAUGAAAGAAGGCUCUUUUAGUAACACUCUUGGUGUGUGACUCAAAUGAAAGAGUUGGGUCGAAGGUAAUACCGAGAUUCUUAACCGAUGUAAUUGCUUGGUUGACAAAUGUAAAGGUGGUUUUAAUAAAAAAGAUGCAGGUGACAGGCAAGACCGAUAAUCAGCAAUUCCGUUUUCUUUGCGUAGAGUUGCAAAACGUUAGUGGACAUCUAUAGUUUAAUUUUAUUUAGACACGCCUCUAUGUAAAAACAAUCCGGCGUGUUGGUCAGCUUUAGGGGCAUGUAGAGUUGGGUGUCAUCAGCAUAACAGUGAAAGCUAACACCGUAUUUGCGUAUGAUGUCACCUAGUGGCCGCAAGAACCGAACCCUGUGGAACUCCGCCCGUAACCUGAGCAUACUCCGAGGCCACAUUGUUAUGGGAAUUUUUAAGUGGCUUUUUUCAAAACAACAAAAGACCAAAGUGUAGCUGACACAGACUGGCUACUCAUGUUCUAUUCUGUGUCUUUCCUAUCAUUUCAACCGGAUAACUGUGUAACUGGAAUUGAAUUAUUUUGAGUGUAUCCUGCAAAAAAACACACCUUUAUAACAUCACUUGUCCUUACGGGUAACCAGUCAUGUUUCUGUGCUAAAAUGUAUUAUAAAUGCAUUUGUAAUAUACUUGUUUCUUCUUUUGCAGAGUUUGACUUCCUGAGACAAAUCAACAUAAGGGAAGACACUCAAGAAAGGACAGUGGAGAAUUUAUCCACAUCCACUAUCCAAGGUCCUUCCACCUCAACCUCCAUAUCAGUUUUUGAGAGCAAUACCAAAGGAAUAUCUGCGCCAGGAGAAUCGUCACGAACAUUGAACAUUGACAUAACUGAAUCAGUGCCUUUGCCACGAUCUCAUGGAGAGAUCAGUGAAUCUAAUACAUAUGACCAACCAGAGUCAGCAACAAUAGGCAAUGAAUCGCCACUAUCCACUCAGUCAAUAUCAUCCUCUGUAUCAGUACCUGUCAGCAAAAUAGGGGAAAUGGAAAGUCCACUUUCAUUUUACCAAUCAAAUGGUCAGAACCAUGUAUCUCAUGCAGAAUAUACGCCUGGAUCAGUGGUAUCACCAAGUCUAGAGAUUCCUUCAUCUGAUACAGAAGUCUUAACUAAACCAGUACCACGUACUGAAGACAUAUCCCCACAAGUACUAACUACUGGUGCAGACUUAACCAAGAUCCAUGAAAUACAAAAAACAGUAGGCAAUGAAUCUACGCCAUCAAGAUCAUCCACUGUACAAGUCACAGUCAGCAAAAUGGAGGAAAUAACAACUCCAUGUUCAUUGUACUCAUCAAAAGGUGAGGUCAAUGUAACUAAUGCAGAAGUUAUAACUGGAUCAGUGCUGUCACCAUGUGUAAGGAUUCCUUCAUCUGAUACUGAAAACAAAGCUAAACCAGUACCAAGUACAGAAGACAUAUCCACGCCAGUGCUAACUCCCUGUGCAGAUUUGACCAGGAUCAGUCAAAGACAAGAUACAGCUGGCAGUGAAACAACAAUAUCCACUCAAUCAAAUGCAUCCACUCUAUCGGUCACGGUCAGCAAAAUGGGGGAAACGUCAAGUCCCCUUGUCCAGAUAGCUCAUGCGGAAGAUCUACCUGAAUCAGUAGUAUCAUCAUGUGUUGAGAUUCCUUCCUCUGGUAAUGAAGACUUCUCUAAACCAGUAUCAAGUACAACAUUCUUACCAACACCGGUACCGACUACCUGUGCAGACUUGACCAGGAUCCAUGAAAGACAAGAAACAGUAGGCAAUGAAUCACCAAUGUCCACUCUAUCUAGAGCAUCUACUUUAUCAGUUAAUGUCAGCAAAAUGGCUGAAAUGGCAAGUCCACUUUCAUCGCACCAAUCACAUGGUGAGAUCAAUAUAUCUCAUGCAGAAGACACGCCCAGAUCAGUUGUAUCACCAUGUGUAAAAAUUCCUUCAUCUGAUACAGAAGAUAUAUCUAAACCAGUACCAAGUACAGAAGACAUAUUUGGUUUAAGUCCCAUUACAGAAAAUAAAUCUUCAAUAAAAAAAGGGUCGGACAUCAUUAUCAAAAUCAAUACAAGACAAGAAAACCAAGACACAUCCAGAUCUGAAUCCCCUAUGUCUGCUGUCUCAAAUGCAUCCACUCUAUCGGUCGUUGUGAGUGUAACAGAGGAAAUAUCAGGUUCAGCAACAUUGCCGCUAUCACAUGGACAGAUCUCUGUGUCUGAUAUUCAGGGAAUGCAUGAACCAGCGAAAAACAUGUCCACCUUAGUGCCAGUUAGAGAAAACGUAGGCACUCAAUUUUCAGGUAACUCUGAUGAAAGUCCAGAAACUCAAUCAGCGACAGGAAAUAAAUUGUUGCAUGCAGAGAUUCAUGCAUCUGAUACAGAAGACAGAUCUGGACUGGCAAUGCCGGAUUCACAAGAAGAGAUCCACGUGUCCGAAACCGAGAACCUCCCUGGACCAGAGUCUUUGUCGCCAUCACUUGGACAGGACAAAUUUGAACCAUCGGCACAUAGAAGUGAAGAGAUACAAAAUAGAGCCGUAUCCCGCGCGGGAUAUACAGACGAUACAUCAACUCCGCUGUCAAGUACGGUAGAAUUUGACUUUUCAAUUAAAAUAAACAAAAGACCCACACUAGCAGACAACUCUUCUUUAUCUGCUGUCUCAAAUGCACCCGCUGUAUCACUUACUUUGAACAUAAUGGGGGAAAUAUCAGGUUCUGGGUCAGUGCUGCAAUCACAUGGAGAAAUCACAACUGGACCAAUGCUUUUACCACAGGAAGACAUUUGUUCAGUUGAAGCUGCUACCCAAUCCGAACCAGUGCCAAGUGCAGAGAAAAUUAAAUUGCUGCCACCAUCACAUGGAGAGGAUCUAUAUGGAUCGGUGGAAAUUACAGAGGACGGACAAGUAAAGGAAAAUGAUGACUUAGCAGGACCAUUGUCAAUGCCACGAUCACAGGAAGGCAUUGCUGUAUUUGAUGCUAGAAGCCAAUCUGCGCCUGUGUCACUGCCUAUAGAGAACACAUUUGCGACGUCAUCAUGGCCACAAUCAUCUCAAGAGAUCUAUGUUUCAGGACCAGGUCAAAAACAUAUUCAGAUCAGGGAAACAGACGACAGGUCUGUUGAACAUGACUUGUCUAUUAUGAUCAACAAAAGACAAGGGGAGGAUUCCCCUAUGCCUGCAAGUACAUCAAUUGUAUCAGUUACAUUGAACAAAACAGAGGAACUAUUAGGAACAAGGUCAAUAAUGCCAUCCAACGAAGAUAUCCAUAUAUCUGAUACACAGGCCACCUGCAGACCUGAACCAUCACUACAUGCAUACAUGGACAAAGAAGAUAUAGUUGAAAAUGACGUUUCCAUCAAGAUCAACAAAAGACAAGAGCCCCAAGAAACAUUUGGAGCGGAAUCUCCAUUACCCAGUGUAUCAAGUUCCUCCACUUUAUCAGUCAUUGUGAGCAAAACUGACGAAAUAUCAGGGGCACAGUCACAUGAAGAAAUCUACAUAUCUGAUAUAGACAAUAAGGGUAGACUCAGGGCCUCGCAACGUGAGGGGAUUGUUUUCCCUGAUACAAAAGAUACAUAUCAACCAGUGGCAAAUAGAGAGGACAUGCCGGCACCUGUGCAAAUUAUAGAAGACAGCUGCACUCCAAUGAAUUGUCUGGAGUCAGAUAUUGUCAUUAAGAUCAACAAACGGCAAGAAAACCAAGAAGCAACAGGACAGGAAACCCCCAAUAUAAGUUCAUCUACUGUUUCAAUCACUGUUAGUAAAACAGAGGGACCACAAUCACACGAGGAGAUCCAUAUAUCUGAUACAGACAGCAUACCUAGAGUAGUGACAUCAUCGCAUGAAAGGAUUAUUUCACUAGAUAAAGAAGAUAUCUCAGGUCCAGUGCCACAACCAGUCCCAAUUGCAGACAGGUCCACUCCAGGAGUAAAUACCUAUAUGGAGUCUGAUAUCCUUAUAAAGGUAAAUAAAACACAAGAAACCCAUGAAUCUCCCUCCACUAUAUCAAGUUCAUCAAUUGUAUCACUUGUUGUCAGCAAAACAGAAGAAAUAUCAGAACCAGCCUCGUUGCCACAUUCACAAGGAAACAUCAAUAUGUCCGAUACGCCAGUUGGUGUGUCAGAACGAGUACAAACCGCAGAUAAUAUAUCCAGACCAGUGCCAAAUACAAACGACAUACCUACCCCAGUGCAACCCCCACACGGAGAAACCGUUGCGCCUGUUGCAGUAGAUGUAUGUGAUGAAGUGCCAACUACCUCUGUAGAGUAUGACCUUUCAAUAAAAAUCAACCAAAAGUCAGAGACACAAGAAACUGUUGCAGUGGUAGAGUCUCCAUCAUACACCGUAUCUAGUUCAUUCACAUUAUCUGUCACCAGAGGAGCAGAGGAAAUUCCAAGACCAACGCCAUAUACUUGUGUAGAAUAUGACUUCAUGAUAAAAAUUGACCAAUCAGAAACUACAGCAGAGGACUAUCCUAUAUCCACCCUGUCAAGUUCAUCCAUGAUAUCAGUCAGUGUUAGCAAUACCGAGGACACACCAAGACCUGUGACACUGCGACAUUUACAUCAAGAGGUCCAGGUACCUGAUGUGAGUGCUGGACCAAUUAUAGAGGAAGUACCUGAACCAGAGCCAUCACCACGCAAAGAAAGUCCUGUGCCUGAGCCUAUACCAGAGCCAGAAGUGGAGCCUCCUGUUUCUGAUACAGAAGACCUAUCCAUACAGGAAGAAGAGAGUAGCUCAUCCGAUACAGAGCCAAUGGAGGACAUACCAGUGCUGUCACCACACGGAGAGAUCGCUGUGUCUGACUCAGAACCGUCGCUCAGUGAAAUUGCUGAGUCUGAUGAUGAAACAGAAGACAUACCUGAGCCAUCACCAGAGCCCAUUGAAGAUGAGAUAGAAGAGGAAGAACCAGUUAUAUCACCUUUCCCAGAUUUUAGCCCAGAGCCCAUUAUAGAGGAAUUAUCGGAAUCAUCACCGUCACCAGAGAUCAGUGAACCAGAGGAACCACCAUACAAAGAUGCUGCCACAUCAACUUCAUUGCCAGAUCUGGAUGAUACCGGCGACGAACUGCCAAUGACACCACCACCUGAAGAAAUACCAGAGCCACCACAAGAAUCCCUUUUACCUUCUCCUAUUCCGGAGUCCAAGGCACCUAAACCAAAGGUCGCAAUCAAGGAGCCCGCAAAACAGCUACGACUCCCUCCUAUCCCAAAAAAAGAUGCCGUACCAAAGAAAGAGGAGAGAAAAAAACCUCUCCAGUCAAAGCCAAAGGUGGUGCUCCCACCUAUACCGGUCAAAGCUGCUUCUCAAAAAGCAGUAAAAGUCAAAACGAAAGCGAUACAGACCAAUUUAAUGCCAAAGCCACAGUCUGUUACACGAAGACCAGAAAAGCUACUCCCACCUAUUCCUCAGAAAAGUGCGAAAUCAAAGACUGCUCGUAGUGAAUUAUCAAAGGAGGAGCACAAAGGACUACAGACCCACAAACAAAGAAUGCUUCCACCUAUCACGCACAGAUUAAUACAAAAACCAAAGGCAAAAGUCAUGCAUCACAAACCCAAACCUCCAGAAAAGAAAUUAGAAUCCAGUCGGUAUCCCAGUACAAAAAAAUCAGAUUUCAAUGAAAUACGCGCUCCUUACAGGCCGAGAGGAGGAAUGAUUGUAGACCGAGAACUAAUGCCACUGCGAUAUAAGGGAGACACAGACAAAAGCAUAUUGGACUUGGGUGGUCGCAGGAAAGCCAAUUUGUCAGAGAUGAAAAGGACAAUCAGGUUCGCACAAGACUCUCUUGAGUCAUCGACAGUUCUAUGCCCAAACUGUGGGCAUAAUGCCUCUUUAAUUAAAUGCAAGCAUAAGGCAUUAAGAUAUGAAACUUGGGGUUCAUUCUCAGGGACCUAAUAUCGAAUGAUCCACUUUGCUCUCAUAGACCAAAACUAGACAAAUGUGCAAGAUGAGGCCUAUUGGCCACGAGCACUACCUGCUCAGCAGACUUCAGGUCAACAGGCUGGGGCUCGGUGCAGCGCGAUGUGUGGUGGUGUGAUGAAAAUUCCUUACCUAGAGGGAGAGUAUGCUGCGUUUCACCACCUCCAGUCUCCAAUCAGUUGGAGUGAUACUCAAGUCUUGUAUCUUGGUGUCCGUCUGCAUAACUGGAAUGCUCAACACCAAGAGUAUCUCCCAGGGCUGGCUUGAGCCCUUUAAAUGUGUGCAAUUAAUAGAUAGACGCAAGCACCAUCUUUGAUGGUUUGGCAGGCUGCCAUGGACGCAUCACAGCUACAGAUGCUAACAGACUGAACGCGAUCAAAAAGGUCGAGUAUGUGGUUGGGAUUGAACGCAGCCACAGAUUUAUUUAACCUCACUGUGUCAGUGAACUAUACAAAAGGUGAUUACUAUCAAAUACCUUUGGAUUUUCUUUUCAAAUAGCUACCUCCAACAGGACCGCAAUUACCUGGACUACAUAAAGUCCCUAUAUUUUUGUACUUAAACAUUGCACAUUGCCCUGUGUAUUGUGACGGUUUUUUUAUACUGCCUUUUUUUUUAAUGAAAAAUGUUACCUUUUGGGGCUUUGAAAAAUGUUGUGGUGCUUUGGAAUUUGAAUGUGAUAGUAUAUAUUUUUGCAAUAUUUUUUCUUGUUUGUAUGACUACAGUUCCAUUGAGGGAAAAAAAAUGCUUUUCCAGGCAGGAAAGAAAAUUAAAACACGGAAUGUGUUGUGUCAGUGUUUUGUGCCCAUGGAGGUUGUUGUAUUAUAAAUUGACCGAUUACAAACCCCGUUUCCAUAUGAGUUGGGAAAUUGUGUUAGAUGUAAAUAUAAACGGAAUACAAUGAUUUGCAAAUCCUUUUCAACCCACGUUCAAUUGAAUGCACUACAAAGACAACAUAUUUGAUGAUCAAACUCAUAAAAAUUAUUUUUUGCAAAUAAUAAUUAACUUAGAAUUUCAUGGCUGCAACAUGUGCCAAAGUAGUUGGGAAAGGGCAUGUUCACCACUGUGUUACAUCACAUUUUCUUUUAACAACACUCAAUAAACGUUUGGGAACUGAGGAAACUAAUUGUAGAAGCUUUGAAAGUGGAAUUCUUCCCCAUUCUUGUUUUUUCAAUCAAUCAAUCAAUCAAUGUUUAUUUAUAUAGCCCCAAAUCACAAAUGUCUCAAAGGACUGCACAAAUCAUUACGACUACAACAUCCUCGGAAGAACCCACAAAAGGGCAAGGAAAACUCACACCCAGUGGGCAGGGAGAAUUCACAUCCAGUGGGACGCCAGUGACAAUGCUGACUAUGAGAAACCUUGGAGAGGACCUCAGAUGUGGGCAACCCCCCCCCCCUCUAGGGGACCGAAAGCAAUGGAUGUCGAGCGGGUCUAACAUGAUACUGUGAAAGUUCAAUCCAUAGUGGCUCCAACACAGCCGCGAGAGUUCAGUUCAAGCGGAUCCAAGACAGCAGCGAGAGUCCCGUCCACAGGAAACCAUCUCAAGCGGAUCAGCAGCGUGGAGAUGUCCCCAACCGAUACAGGCGAGCGGUCCAUCCUGGGUCCCGACGAGCGGUCCAUCCUGGGUCUCGACUCUGGACAGCCAGUACUUCAUCCAUGGUCAUCGGACCGGACCCCCUCCACAAGGGAGGGGGGGACAUAGGAGAAAGAAAAGAAGCGGCAGAUCAACUGGUCUAAAAAGGAGGUCUAUUUAAAGGCUAGAGUAUACAGAUGAGUUUUAAGGUGAGACUUAAAUGCUUCUACUGAGGUGGCAUCUCGAACUGUUACCGGGAGGGCAUUCCAGAGUACUGGAGCCCGAACGGAAAACACUCUAUAGCCCGCAGACUUUUUUUGAGCUCU